CUGACUGCACCGGCUGAACGAACGCUGCAUCCUACUUGAUUUCUCAGUGGCUAUUAAUUAGUUGCUUUUGUGAUCUAUCGAGUGUAAGUAAUAUUCUUUCCACAACAGUGCCGUAUGCCCUGUGGCGUCACUGUCUCGCUUGCGUCAAGUGCAAUGGAACUCUACGUGUGUUCGCCUCGACCAGCAGCUCUUGGAGGAUAGUCCACUGUGCCCCUGAAGUCCUGGAGUUGCAGGAUGGCUGGACCGUCUUUAGCUAUGGACCCCCUAGCCCAGAUCAACACUUAUCGAUCCUUCGUCUACAUGCUGGAGGAUCCUGCCGCAAAGGACGAAAGUAAGCUGAAAGCAGUCCAGGAACUCAGCGAGGAACUGGAGACAAUAGUGACGUCAGUGCACUAUCCGACGUUCCUGGACCAUGCGAUGCGCGUGUUCCUGCGCAUCCUACAGGAUGGCAAGCCGCAGUUCAUUGCAGAGCACAACAUGCAGCAACUGCGCAAGCUGAUCCUGGAGAUCAUUCACCGCAUCCCCACCAACGACCAUCUGCGCCCCUACGUCAAGCAGGUCCUCAGCCUCAUGUUUGAGCUGCUCAAGAUUGAGAAUGAAGAAAACGUUCUGGUGUGUCUACGGAUCAUCAUUGAGCUGCACAAGCAGUUCCGGCCACAGUUCAACCCAGAGAUUCAGCAGUUUCUCCAGUUUGUGAAGAGCAUCUACAAGGAGCUUCCAAACCACCUGAACGCCAUCUUCGAGCCCCGUCCGGCCCUGAAGGUGAAGGACAUUACGGAGCUGAACUUGGAGAGCGUCUUGCAGGAGACCUUCACCCUCACCAACAUACAGGUUGAGAAGAAGGCCGCCGAUGGGAGCUGCGCCUCGUACAACGUGGUACCGAGGGCGGUGCUGUCGCUCAAGGUGCUAGCGGAGCUGCCGAUCAUUGUGGUGCUCAUGUACCAGCUGUACAAGCAGAGCGUGCACGACGACGUGGCAGAGUUCAUCCCCCUCAUCCUCACCACCAUCACCCUGCAGCCCCUCGCACAGCACAGGAUGAGCCCAGCCUUCAACAAGGAGGUGUUUGUGGACUUCAUGGCAGCCCAGAUCAAGACCCUUUCUUUCCUGGCCUACAUUGUGAAGAUCUACCAGGACAUUGUGAAUGCACACUCCAGCCAGCUUGCCCAAGGGAUGUUGGGGCUGCUGGUGCUCUGCCCCCAAGAAGUGGCCCACUUGCGCAAGGAGCUCCUCAUCGCUGCUCGACACAUCCUGGCCACCGAACUGAGAAACAAAUUUGUGGGCUGUAUUGAGCAGUUGUUUGACGAGAAUAUCCUGAUUGGGACGGGAUGGACCGCCUACGAAUCUCUGCGGCCGCUGGCGUACAGCACGUUGGCGGACCUCGUGCAUCACGUGCGUCAGCAUCUUCCGUUGCGGGACCUUGCGGCGGCAGUGGCGGUGUUCUCCAAGAACGUGCACGACGAGUCCCUGCCCACCUCGAUCCAGACCAUGUCUUGCAAACUCCUGCUUAACCUCGUGGAGUGCAUACGCACCCGGUCAGACCAGGAAUCUGGCAAUGGGCGGGAGCUGCUUAUACGGAUGCUGGAGGUGUUUGUGCUCAAGUUCAAGACCAUUGCCAAGCUACAGCUGCCUAUGCUGAUGCAGAAGAGCCGUCAGCAGGCCCCACAGCAGCCUCCGCAGUCGACGACACCCGGGGCAGGACCCCUGGGGACCUCCCUCUCGGUUCCACUGGGCUCCACGACAUCCGGGAGUGGCCUGGGGUGCCUGGAGCUGCAGGCCAGCAGGACCCCCUCCGUGGAGGAUGCCGGGAGGGCGGCGGGGCUCCAGUUUUCUUCCUCCUUGGCCGACCUGAAGGAAGACAAGGCCAACAACUACACUGUGGUGGACUGCCGGAGCUUGGUGAAGACGCUGGUGUGCGGUGUCAAGACCAUCACGUGGGGCAUCGGCACCUGCAAGGUGCCAGGAGGCUCCCUUGAGGACAAGCAGUUCCAGCCCAAGGAGACACUGGUGUUCAUCCGGCUGGUGAAGUAUGCCUUGCAAGCGCUCGACAUCUACACGCUCCAGAUCACCAGCCUCAGCCACGCCCAGACACGCAAUGCGGCCAUCCAGUCUGCCGUGCGAUCCAAGGAGGAGAAAGAGGUCCUCGAUCACUUUGGUGGUGUGUUCACCAUGAUGAGCCCAUCUACCUUCAGAGAGGUCUUCUCCACCACGAUUGAGUAUGUGGUAGAGCGUCUGAACAAGAACUCGGCCCUCCAGAUUGUGGCCAACUUUUUCCUGGCCAACCGGACAACCUCCCCCAUCUUUGCCACCAUCUUGGUUGAGUACCUGCUGGAACGUAUGGAAGAGAUGGGAUCUAACCCCGAGAAAUCUAACCUGUACCUGAAGCUGUUCAAGCUGGUCUUUGGUUCCGUGUCCCUCUUCGCUGCCGAGAAUGAACUCAUGCUCAAGCCGCACCUUCACAAGAUAGUGAACCGCUCCAUGUCGCUAGCCUUGAGUGCCCGCGACCCCUACAACUACUUUCUGCUGCUGCGGGCGCUCUUCCGCUCCAUCGGAGGAGGUAGUCAUGACCUCCUGUACCAGGAGUUCCUACCACUGCUGCCCACACUGCUGCAAGGCCUGAAUGGCCUCCAGAGUGGCCUGCACAAGCAGCACAUGAAGGACCUGUUCGUGGAACUGUGCCUGACGGUGCCCGUACGCCUGAGCUCCCUGCUGCCCUACCUGCCCAUGCUCAUGGACCCCCUGGUGUCGGCACUCAAUGGGUCCCAGACGCUUAUCAGCCAGGGCCUGCGCACCCUGGAGCUGUGCGUGGACAACCUGCAGCCGGACUUUCUGUAUGAGCACAUCCAGCCCGUGCGGGCGGAGCUGAUGCAGGCCCUGUGGCGCACCCUGCGCAACCCGGCAGAUUCCAUCGCGCAGGUGGCUUUCCGCGUCCUCGGGAAGUUCGGGGGCGGCAACCGCAAGAUGAUGAUGGAGCCCCAGAAGCUGGAGUACAACGACCGGGACACUGUGGGACCCUGCAUCACGGUCUACUUCCAGGACCACAAGAACCCUAUCUCCCUACCCGUGGACAAGAUCAUAGAGACCGCUUUCAACGCGCUCAAGCAGAGCGGCACGGACUCCUUCUACCGGCGGCAGUGCUGGGAAAUCAUCCGGGGUUUUCUGGUGGCCAACUUGGAGUUGCAAGAUGACCGGCACACCAUGAUUCAGCUCUUCUCACAUUCCAGUUUUGCCACGGGCGAAAUCGCUCCAACUCAAGGGUCUCUCUACAAGUGCACAGACGUCGAGACUCGAAAGGUUCACAAGAUGGCGCUCACGGGGAUGUUUGCCGCGGCGGCCAUCAAAGAGCUGCACAGCCAGGUGCUCCCGUUCCUGGUGUCCCUGGUGCACCACUACACUAUGGUGGCGGUGGGGCAGCAGGCGGGGCCCCUGAGGGCCGGCCCCACGGGGGUCGGGGGUGCACCCGGGGCGCCUGGGACCGUGCGUCCGCCCCAGGGCAUGGAUCCCACGGUGCUCAUCGACGCCCUGGCGGCCAUCAUGGCCCACGAGGAGAAGGAACUGUGCAAGGUCGGCCAGCUGGCCCUGCUGCUCAUUGCCGAGAACUCGGCCACCAUCCUUACCUCGAAGGAACGGGCCUGUCAGCUGCCGUACAUGGAAUACCUGGUGGAGCGCAUGUGCGCGCUCUGCUACGAUCGCGCCUGGUACGCCAAGUCGGGCGGGUGCUUUGCCAUCAAGUGCCUGAUGGAACGGCUGCCCCUGCGCUGGGUGCUGUCCCACCAGUACCUGUUCCUCAAGGCCCUGCUUUUCAUCAUGAUGGACCUCACAGGGGAGGUGUCCAACGGGGCUGUGGACAUGGCCAAGGCCAACCUGGAGAAAAUGUUGACGCUGUGCGGGAGCCCCGUGAGCCCCGAGGGUGGCCAGGAGGACCUGGCCGAGGCGCAGAGGAAGUCCCUACACGAGGUGGCACUGGAGCUGGUGCGACAGAUCACCUCCCCAAACAGCUGCGUCAGGGAACAGGCCAUGCACUCCCUGGAGGUGCUCGCUCGGGUGUCCCACCAGUCGGUGGCCCAGCUGAUGGAGCCCCACAAGGAGCUGCUGGUGGACAUGAUCCCCCCCAAGAAACACCUCCUCCGGCACCAGCCCCUCAACGCCCAGAUCGGACUCAUGGAGGGGAACACCUUCUGCACCACUCUGCAGCCCAGGCUCUUUGCACUCGACCUGACCAUCACGGAGCACAAGACAUUUUUCACGGAGCUGGUGAGCCUGUGCGAGGCCGAGGACGGCGCCCUCCAGAAGCUGCCCUGCUACAAGGGUUGCGGGGCGGCUGCCCUGGUGUCCCUGCGUAAGGCCGCCCUGCGUGCCCUCGCCACCUGCCAUUACCUGCCUUGCCGCGAGCGCGUCUUCCACGUCCUGUACCGGGCCCUCAACGCCCGGGACGCCGAGCUGCAGGAGGCCGCCUUCCGCUGCAUGUCCGACUUUGUGUCGGCCUGCAACAUCGACAUGGACAUUGUACACAAGGCGAUCCGGUCGCUGCUGAUGCUGCUGGGAGACUUCCGGCAGCUGUCGCUGAGCGUGAUCCAGCGGCUGAGCUACCUGACGCAGCUGUUCCCGCACACCUUCAACGAGAAGCUGUGCGACCAGCUGCUUCAGCACCUCGGCUGCUGGCUCGAGGUGGCAGCCAGGAACCCACCCCGGGGGCUCACCACUGAGAUGCGCCAAUGUGCCGCCAUCAUUGACAUCUUCCACCAGAUCCCUGCGGCUGGCCCCAACUUCAUCCGUCCGCUGGUGACGCUGGUGCUGAAGAAUGAGCGGGCGCUGAUGGUGGAAGCCGGCAGUCCAUUCCACGAGCCGCUGGUCCGCUUCCUCAGCCGACACCCUACGCAGACGGUGGAGUUUCUGCUGAGCGAGUCGAACGUGCAAGACGAGCAGCUCAACCGCUUUCUGGAGCACCUGCUGAAGGGCGACCGUGGGCAGCCCUUCCGAGAGGUGCUGGAGGAGCGCUCUGAGCGGCUGUCCCAGCUGCUGGAGGCGGGGGAAGGGGAGCUCCAGCACCUGGCCAUCCGGGUGGUGUCCCUGCUCUGCCGGCGCAAGGAGGACUUCCUCAGCGAGCGCCCCGCUCUGGUGGCACGCCUCAGGGCCGUCUGGGUCUCCGAGUCCUUCCAGGGGCUGCUGGGGGGCCAGGGUCCGCCCGCGCUCUCCCAGUGGAAGGAGCCGCAGCUGCUGUGUCGCUGCCUGCUGGGCCUGGUACGCCAACGACCGCAGGAAGUGGAGCUGCUCUUCCAGCUCCUGCGAGCCUUCACCGGGCGCUUCCUGCCAGACUUCGGCUUCCUCCGGGAGUUCCUCGACCAGUGGGCAGCGCGGAAACAGAGCGUGGAGUGGAAGCGCGCCGCCUUCUUCCGCUUCGUCGAGGCCUUCGGGGACCCCACGUUCCCGCAGCCCCUCCUGGCCAAGGUGCUCCAGCACCUGCUUGUGCCGGCCUUUGCGGCUUCGUUCGAGCGUGGCGAGGGGGAACAGCUGAUUGGCGGACCUCCCAUGCCAGACCGAGACUUUCCGGACAACGUCAUUAGCGUCUUCAUCAACCGCGUCAUCGACCCCGAAAACCCGUUCGGAACCUCGGACGCCGUGCGGAUCCUCUUGCUGCAGUUCUCCUGCCUGCUGGUGGAGCAAGCUUCGCCCCACAUCCACGAUGCUGCCAACAAGCGCCAAGGCAUCAAGCUACGCCGCCUGAUGACCUUUGCCUGGCCCUGCCUGUUGGGCAAGAACUGCGUGGAUCCCGCCACCAAGUACCACGGGCACCUGUUGCUGGCACACAUCAUCGCCAAGUUUGCCAUCCAUAAGAGGAUUGUGCUUCAGGUGUUCCACAGCCUGCUGAAGGCGCAUGCAGUGGAGGCCCGCACGGUGGUGCGGCAGGCCCUGGAGAUCCUGACGCCAGCCAUGCCUGCCCGCAUGGAGGACGGAAACACCAUGCUCACCCACUGGACCAAGAAGAUCAUUGUGGAGGAGGGCCACACCCUUGCUCAGCUCGUCCACAUGCUCCAGCUGCUCUACCGGCACUACAAGGUGUACUACCCCGUGCGCCACCACCUGAUUCAGCACAUGGUGAGCUCAGUGCAGCGCCUGGGCUUCACGCCCAACGCCAACAUCGAGCACAAGAAGCUGGCCGUAGACCUUGCAGAGGUCGUCAUCCGCUGGGAGAUGCAGAGGCACCGGGAGGUCGAGAUGUCCAGUCCCGAGGCCCCCGGGAUGAAGCGUCCCGCCGGGGACAUGGCCGGGGGGGACUUCAAGCGGGUGCGCAAUCUGUCCGGCCCCAGCGGACCCAAGCCGGGCCCCGACGGAAGCCGCCCCAUCGAGAAGCACCACGCAGACGCCGUGGUCAACUUCCUGCUCCGCAUGGCCUGCCAGGUGAACGAGACGUCCACCAACAUUGGCUCCCAAGGGGAGGUGCUGUCCAGACGCUGCGUGGCCCUCCUCAAGACUGCGCUCAAGCAGGACGUGUGGCCAAACUCUGAGCUGAAGCUCGCCUGGUUCGACAAGUUGCUCACAACUGUGGACGCUGCCCAGCCCAACUAUGGGAACAUCUGCACUGCCCUGGAGCUGCUGGCCUUUCUGUUGACCAUCCUGCGCAACGAGACCAUCCUGGCCAGCUUCAAGCCACUCCAGAGGGGCAUUGCUGCCUGCAUGACCUGCAACAACUCAAAGGUGAUCCGGUCUGUGCACACGCUGCUGUCGCGCUUGAUGAGCAUCUUCCCGAGUGAGCCGACCACUUCAAACCUGGCCUCCAAGUAUGAAGAGCUGGAGUGCCUCUACGCUUCCAUCAGCAAGGUGGUCUUCGAAGGGCUCGCAAACUACGAGAAGUCUGCGAGUGCAGCCCCGUCAUCCCUGUUUGGCUCCCUGAUGAUCCUGAAGGCGGCAUGCGUGAACAACCAGUGCUACAUCGACCGCCUCAUCACCCCCUUCAUGCGCGUGCUGCAGAAGAUGGCCAGGGAGCACCUCACCCCAACCAGCCAGGAGACCACCUCCAUGGGCACGGAGCUGCUCAUCCUGAGCCUGGACCUGGUGAAGAACCGUGUGGGGGUGAUGGGCCAGGAGAUGCGUAAGGCCUUCAUCGGCACCAUCCUGGUGGGGCUCAUUGAGAAGUCGCCCGACGUCAAGGUGCUCAAGGCCAUCACGAAGAUGGUCGAGGACUGGGUCAAGAGCAAGAGCCCCUUUGCGGUUAACCAGUCGCCUACCCUACGCGAGAAGUCCAUCCUCCUCGUCAAGAUGAUGCAGUUCAUCGAGAAGCGCUUCCCGGACGACCUCGAGCUCAACGCGCAGUUCCUCGAGCUUGUCAACUAUGUGUACAGGGAUGAGGCCUUGAAAGGAACGGAACUGACAUCCAAGCUGGAGCCGGCAUUCAUGGCGGGCCUCCGAUGCGUGCAGCCUUCCAUCCGAGCAAAGUUCUUCGAGGUGUUUGAAGGCAGCCAGCGCCGCCGGCUGCACGACCGCCUGCUGUACAUCGUGUGCUCCCAGAACUGGGAGACGAUCGGCCCGCACUUCUGGAUCAAGCAGUGCCUGGAGCUGGUCCUCAGCACCGCAGUGGCCAACGCUCCGCUGCGGAGCGCCCAGCCAGGGGCGCUGCUGCCAGCCGCCACCGCCGGGCUGCUCCAGGCGGACGCCCUCGACCGGGACACGCUCGCCCUGGCCACGCCCCUCAAGGAGGAGCCGCCGGACACCGAGGAGGAGAUAGAGAUAGAGCUGGGCGAGGAGGCCCCCGUGCGGGGGGUCCUGGAGAACUCGUUCCGGGCAGGGUCGGACCCCCGGCAGCAGCUGCAGCAGCUGGUGCAGCGGCAGGCCCGCUUCCUGGAGAGCCUGCGGGAGGUGCGCACGGGGGGCUUCCUGGCGGCCACUGCACAGCUGUGCCACCUGGACACCGCCCUGGCACAGCACCUCUGGGUCGAGCUGCUCCCACGCCUCUGGAAGGUGCUCAGCGACAAGCAGCAGAGCGUGCUGGCCGGGGAGAUUGUGCCCUUCCUGUGCAGCGGCAGCCACGUGGUGCAGAAGGACUGCCACCCAAAUGCCAUCGGCACCUUCGUGGAGGCACUCUCCCAGUGCACUCCUCCAGUGCCCAUCAAGCCUGCCCUGGUCAAGUACCUGGGCCGAUCGCACAACCUGUGGCACCGAGCCUGCCUGCUGCUGGAGCAGGGGGCCCUGGAGCGGGUGUCCAAGGGGGGCAGGGGGGGCCCCGAGGAGCCCGGGGAGUCCCUGGACUGCCUGGCAGAGCUGUACGGCCAGUUGCGGGAGGAGGACCUGUGGGGGGGCCUGUGGCAGCGCAGGGCCCGCCACCCCGAGACGGCCCUGGCCCUGGCCCUGGAGCAGCAGGGCUGCUUUGAGCAGGCCCAGGGGGCCCUUGAGGCCGCCAUGGCCAGGGCCCGCCAGGACCACGCCACCCUGCCGGCCUCGCCCCUGCUCCAGAGCGAGUUCCGGCUCUGGGAGGAACACUGGCUCAGGUGUUCCAAGGAGCUAAACCAGUGGGACCUUCUGCUGGACUAUGGCAGCUCCAAGAACUGCGCCAACCCCCACCUGGUGCUGGAGAGCGCCUGGCGAGUGCCCAACUGGGCGCUCAUGAAGGAGGCCCUGUCACAGGUUGAGCUGGGCUGCCCCAAGGAGCAGGCAUGGCGGGUGAACCUGUACCGGGGCUACAUUGCCAUCUGCCACCCGGAGGAGCAGCACCUGUCCCUUGUGGAGCGGGUCGUCGAGGUCAUCACCAGCCAGUGCAUCCGGGAGUGGAGGAGGCUGCCCCACGUUGUCUCCCACGUCCACCUGCCCCUGCUGCAGGCGGCACAGCAAAUAAUGGAGCUGCAGGAGGCAGCCCAGAUCCACCAGGGGCUGCUCCCGGCCAACGCCGGCCGCAACACGAGCCUGUACGACAUGCGGGCCAUUGUCAAGACCUGGCGCAACCGCCUGCCCGUGCUCAGCGAUGACCUCUCCCACUGGAGCGAUGUCUUCACCUGGCGGCAACACCACUACCAGGCCAUUGUGAACCACUACGACUCGACCCCCGGGCCGGGGCCGGAGCCCCAGGCCAACCAGGCGAUGCUUGGCGUGCACGCCUCGGCCCAGUCCAUCAUCCACUACGGCAAGGUGGCACGGAAGCAUGGACUCACCAACGUUUGCCUUGACUCACUCAGCCGGAUACACACCAUCCCGAGCGUGCCCAUUGUGGAUUGCUUCCAGAAGAUUCGGCAGCAAGUCAAGUGCUACCUCCAAAUGUCCAACAUGAUGGGCAAGAACGAACUGCAGGAGGGCCUGGACGUGAUAGAGUCCACGAACCUCAAGUACUUCACCAAGGACAUGACGGCGGAGUUCUAUGCGCUCAAGGGCCUGUUCCUGAGCCAGAUGGGCCGGUCGGAGGAGGCCAACAAGGCCCUAAGCGCAGCAGUGCAGAUGCACGACACCCUGGUCAAGGCCUGGGCCCUCUGGGGGGACUACCUGGAGACCCUGUUUGCCCGGGACCGCUGGGAGGCCCGCCAGCUGCCCCUCGGGGUCAGUGCCCUCACCUGCUUCCUCCACGCCUGCCGGCACCAAAACGAGCCCAAGGCACGCAAGUACCUCGCAAAGGUGCUGUGGCUGCUGACGUACGACGACGAGCGGGGCACCCUGGCGGAGGCAGCGGACAAGUACAACGCGGGUGUGCCACCCAUGCAGUGGCUGCCCUGGAUCCCGCAGCUGCUCACCUGCCUGGUGCGCGCCGAGGGCCGGCUCCUACUCAAUCUGCUCGUGCAGAUCGGGCGAGUCUACCCGCAGGCCGUCUACUUCCCCAUACGCACCCUCUACCUCACCCUCAAGAUCGAGCAGCGGGAGCGAUACAAGAGCAGCAGCGAAUGGGGCCCCGAGCAGGGCAAGCCAGGGUCUGUCCAUGGGUCGGGACAAGGGGCCCAAUCUGGGGAGGCCCCCUCCCCAAACACCGGUCAAGGAGGGGCCACGGGAGAAGGGGCGUCCCAGGGCGGCCAGCCGGGCGGGGAGUCCGGCCCGAUCCGUGCGACGCCCUCCAUGUGGCGCUGCAGCAAGAUCAUGCACAUGCAGAGGGACCUGCACCCAACCGUGCUCUCCUCCCUGGAGGGCAUCGUCGAUCAGAUGGUGUGGUUCCGGGAGAACUGGUACGAGGAGGUUCUGCGGCAGCUUCGCCAGGGGCUGGCCAAGUGCCACGCGGUGGCCUUCGAGAACCGGGGUGCUGUGUCGGAAGCCACGGUCACCCCGCACACCCUCAACUUCCUCAAGAAGCUGGUGUCCACCUUCGGGGUGGGCAUCGAGAAUGUGUCCAGCGUGUCCACCACCUUCUCCAAUGCCGCCUCCGAGUCCCUGGCCCGCAGGGCACAGGCCACUGCCCAGGACCCAGUCUUCCAGAAGAUGAAGGGCCAGUUCACCACAGACUUUGACUUCAGUGUCCCUGGUGCUAUGAAGCUUCACAACCUGAUCAACAAACUCAAGAAGUGGAUCAAAAUCUUGGAAGCCAAGACCAAGCUGCUGCCUAAGUCGCUGCUGAUUGAGGAGAAAUGCCGGUUCCUCAGCAACUUCUCUCAGCAGACAGCUGAAGUGGCCCUUCCAGGGGAGUUUCUCCUCCCAAAGAACAACCACUACUAUGUGCGCAUCGCCCGCUUCAUGCCUCGCGUGGAGAUAGUGCAGAAGCACAACACCGCCGCACGCAGGCUCUACAUACGGGGCCAGAACGGAAAGAUCUACCCGUACCUGGUGGUGAACGACGCCUGCCUGAGCGACGCCCGGCGGGAGGAGCGGGUGCUGCAGCUGCUGCGCAUGCUCAACCACCACCUGGACAAGCAGAAGGAGACGGCACGCCGCUUCCUCAACUUCGCCGUGCCCCGGGUGGUGGCCGUCAGCCCCCAGAUGCGACUCGUCGAGGACAACCCGGCCUCCGUGUCCCUGCUCCACGUCUACAAGCAGCGUUGCCACAAGCGGGGCGUGGAGCACGACUCGCCGCUGGGACGCUACUACGAGCGGCUAGCGGCGGUGCAGGCCCGUGGCUCCCAGGCGAGCCACCAGGUGCUGCGGGACAUCCUCAAGGACGUCCAGGGGUCGAUGGUGCCUCGCCACAUGCUCAGGGACUGGGCACAAGCCGCCUUCCAGCAGCCCACACACUACUGGACCUUCCGCAAGCAGUUCACCCUGCAGUUGUCGCUGGCGGGCUUUGCGGAGUUCGUGAUGCACCUGACCCGCCUCAACCCAGACAUGAUGUACCUGCACCAGGACUCUGGGCUCAUGAACCUCUCCUACUUCAAGUUCGACGUGGACGACAUCACAGGAGACCUGGAUGCGAACCGACCAGUGCCGUUCCGGUUGACACCCAACAUCUCGGAGUUCAUCACCAGCAUCGGCGUGACGGGCCCCAUGACAGCCUCCAUGAUCGCCAUCGCCCGCUGCGUGGCGCAGCCCAACUUCAAGGUCCAGGCGCUCCUGCGGGCCGUGCUGCGCGACGAGAUGAUCGCCUGGCACAAGAAGAAGCAAGACGACGCAGUGGCUCCGGGCUCAGCUCCUCAGGACAUGGAGGGCGAGCUGCUCAUUGGGAUGGUGUCCAAGGCUGUCAGUGCCGUCAUGACCAGGCUACAGAAUCUGGCAACCUUCGAUGGCGUGGACAGCAAAGUAAGCACGCUGGUGGCAGCCGCCAACAGCCACGACAACCUGUGCCGCAUGGACCCAGCCUGGCACCCCUGGCUCUAAGCUCCCUCACCUUCAGUCACACCACACACUCGCGCAGGGAAGUUGGCCAUCCUGUGUUCGAUAUAAUUCUCUGCCAACCUUAUUGCCUCCCCCACCCUGUGUCCCCCAUCAUUAUUUUACUUUUUUUUUUUUUGUGGUCUCGGUCGGCAACAGUUGGGCGAUGUGGGGCAAAAUGAAUCUUGCUGGAUCUAGGAGCUCUUAGAUUCAGCGGGGAUCACAAAGGGAUCCCCACUGGAUCUGCGGGACACAGCGGUAACAUCUUGUACAGACACACCUUUUAAAUAAAUCUUUGGUUGCUCUUAUAGCACUCUGCACCGUGUAUUUAUUCUUGGAAAUUAGAACUUUGGUCGGCAAAAUCCCGACACGUCUCUAGCCCAAUUGUGCUGGAUAUCCUUGUGUACCAUUUGGGCCUGUAUUAUGAUGUUCGAUGAAUGUUCCUUCGUAAAACCCAACCGCUGCAAUAAUACUUGACGACAGUACAGGUUUCUUUAUGUACAUAAAGUGCAUUUCCCUUAGCUUUAAAAUCAUUCUGAGCAAUGGGUAAUGCUAUCGGGCUUUUAUUGUGAUCACUGGCGUGUAGAUCUUUAGAUGGAAUUCUUAGGGACUCUGGCAUUAAAGGAGCACCUAGCUUAUUUUUCCAACCGACCCUGCUCUACAGCAGUGGUUCUCGGCCACUGAUGUUUCGCGGACCCCUUGUGGAUCGGCGGAG